AUGGCCGAAGAAGAGAGGGAAUGUAUGGAACAAGUGUUCGUCGGAUGUGCUGUGCGAUCGUAUCCUGAUCUCGAGAAACAUUCAAUGCAGACUUUGGAUACUAAUGGUGAACAUGUACGCCCUGUUUAUGCCAGAAAAUAUUGUGCAGCAGAAGAGUCGUCGAAUCGAACAAACGAUGUUGAAGUUGUAUUGUCAAAUCAACCCAGAACAUGGCUACCACGAAUCAACGCGUCUGAAUCGCCAAGAACGAGGAAUGUUGACGGUAUUGGUCCUCGAACGGAAAUGGUUAAUGGGGAUAAUUUGAAUAACACAGACACUGUCAGCGUUCAUAGCGGUUCGACUUGGAGCGAACGUAUUCAGCGUCUCAUACCUAAAGUAUUCACGAAAAAUCCGCGCUGUGAUGAAGUUUUGUAUACCGGACCGCUGGAUGUUCUUCGCCCAGACUUUACGAAUCCGUAUGAUCUGAAGUCGAAAAAACAAAUCGCGAAACGAGAGAAACGUGAUCGAAAAGCUCUAACCAAACGUCUCCGUGCACGUCGACGAGCUGAAUUAGCGGUUAUCGCCAAAAGAGAGGCGAGAGAAAGAACAAUCUCGAGUGCUAUCGAGUUAUUACUGCAGUUAUUACGUAUGAUGACGUCCUUCGCUAUUUUGGUUGGUAACAUUCGUAAAACGUUUAUACCGGCUCAAUUCAAAUGGCUCAAACCAGGGCAAAACGCCUUCGAUAAUCCAGGACUACUGAUGCUUUUUAGAUGUACAGUCUUUUUGGACGUUCUGUUGUUUUGGACAAAUGUUAUAUGGGCGUAUUGCUUACAGUGGCAUUUGUGCUGUCGUUUGGGAUUGAUUAAGUUUUGGCUGUGGACAUUGAUACUGAUAACAGUCGGUGGAAUUGUUAUGUUGAUACCGAUGUCAUACGUUCAAAAUGAUCUCGACAUCAGUUGGUGUCGUUUCGUACCGAACUCUUCACUUGCUAAGUAUCAGCCGAACUGGUAG